UUUUUCUUUCCAUUUCUACUCACUCACCACCCAACAAACUUUUACUGUAUCACUUCAUUGCUCUCUUUCUUCUCUCACAAAAUUAAUCAAGAGAUAGAUGGCUCUGGGAAGAGGCAGUGCACUGGUGCUAUCACUCUCUCUCUGUUUCUUCCUGCUUCACUCUCACAUGGCUCAUGCUGCCACCACCUACACAGUCGGAGAUCGUAAUGGUUGGACCUUCAACACUGUUAGCUGGCCCAAGGGCAAACGCUUUAAGGCUGGUGACACACUUGUGUUCAACUAUAACCCUAAAAUUCAUAAUGUGGUGGCGGUAAGCAGGGCUGGGUAUAAUGGUUGCAACACUCCAAAAGGGUCGAAAGUGUAUCUUACAGGAAAGGAUCGGAUCAAACUUGUUAAGGGACAGAACUUCUUCAUCUGCAACAUUGCGGGUCACUGUGAAUCUGGGAUGAAAAUUGCCGUUAAUGCUGUUUGAGUUUCUCUUCAUCACUUUCGAUAACUAUAUAUAUCUCACUGCUUUCCUACUUAUACGUAUUGUAAUGCAAAUUUCACCUCUUUAGUGUGAACGUAUCUCAGUUUAAUAAGUGGAUAAUAUAGGUAUGUGUGAGAAGAAAAAGGGUAGCUUUCUGUCUUCUCUUCUGUAUGUUACUUAUUAUCUGUUUAAGAAUAAAUAAUUAUGUCGGCAAUAUCAUAUA